AUGUCGUCCAUCGUGAAUGAUGAAUAUACACUUCAGAAUCAGAACCAACAAGAUUUGUAUGAUGCUAUUCUCAAUACAUUGUUUCCAAUCCUUUUAAUAAAAUUUAUUGAUCUUCAAUGGAAUAAAAAUGAAAGGAUGAUGAAAAGGAUCGAAUUAUAUAAACAAGUUAAGAAUAAAACCAUUAUUGAUAACCUGAACAAAAGAAAAAAUGUCAGUUUCGGAAUUGAUAAGUGUUGGAAUAUUUCUAAGAAAAAUAAACAAGUACUUAAAGAUGCUCUUAUCGAAUUAAUUCCUAAUACUAUAGAAGACAGUGGUGAUGAUUAUAGACUAGAGAACUUUGAAAUAAAGUUAAAAGGGUAUAAAAAAGAAAUUUUAGAAUUGGAAGAUGAUAAUAAUAAUGAUUUUGAAAUAAAGUUAGAAGAGGGUUUGGAAGAUGGUGAUGAUAAUGAAGAUUUUGAAAUAAAGUUAGAAGAGGGUAAAAAAGAAAUUUUAGAUAAAAAAGAAAAUUUAAAAAUAUUAAACGAAGUAUUAAAUGAAAUAGACGAAAUAUUGAAAGAAAUUGAAGAAGAAAGAAAGGCAUAUUUUGAGAUAAGUCGGGUAUCGACAUUUAGAGCUAUAGCAUUGCCAUUACUUGAUGAUGCAUUAUACAAUACUGUUACUUGGGUGAUUCCGUUAGCAGUUGCUUUUGCCUAUGAUGAUCUUUUAAGUAUAAAAAUUUUUUCCUUUAUAAAUAUGGCUUUACAUCUAACUUGUUCUACUAUCACUAUCUUUUCGAAAUAUUUGGCAAAAAAGUUUAAAUCAAAAUUUUCAAAAUUUUUUGGAUAUGAUAUAAUCACUACUGGGGAUAAAGGAUUCUGCUGGACAUUUAAAAUUAAAGAUCAGCCUACUGAUUCAAUUAGUAUAGACAUUGCUGGUUAUUUUCUAGUUUUCUUCCCAGUAUUUAUUAUUCCGAUAUUUUGGAUUAUUGUUAUUAGUAGAAAUCCUUUUGAUCUAAUAAGUUUUGUAUUUCUUAUAUUAUUUGCGCUUUUACUUCUACUUCCACCAUUUCUUGUUCUUU